AUGAAAGAUGGACUGUGUGGACAACAUUUUCUUAGCGAUUAUGCCAUCAUAGCAGCUGUAAAACACUCAACACCUUUUAAUAAGGAAGAGUUAUCAGCAAUUUUGAAGUUUGGUGCUGAGGAACUUUUUAAAGAACCUGAAGGGGAGGAAGAGGAGCCUCAGGAGAUGGAUAUAGAUGAAAUCCUGAAGAGGGCUGAAACUCGAGAAAAUGAGUCAGGCCCAUUAACUGUAGGAGAUGAGUUACUUUCACAGUUCAAGGUAGCUAACUUUUCCAAUAUGGAUGAAGAUGACAUUGAGUUGGAACCAGAACAAAAUCUAAGAAACUGGGAAGAAAUCAUUCCAGAAGUCCAGUGGCGACGAAUAGAAGAAGAGGAAAGACAAAAAGAACUUGAAGAAAUAUAUAUGCUUCCAAGAAUGAGAAACUGUGCAAAACAGAUCAGCUUUAACGGAAAUGAAGGGAGAUGCAGUAGGAGCAGAAGAUAUUCUGGAUCUGAUAGUGAUUCCAUCUCAGAAAGAAAACGACCAAAAAAACGUGGACGACCACGAACUAUUCCCCGUGAAAUCAUUAAAGGAUUUAGUGAUGCAGAGAUUAGACGAUUUAUCAAGAGUUACAAGAAAUUUGGUGGCCCACUUGAAAGGUUAGAUGCUAUAGCUAGAGAUGCUGAGCUAGUUGAUAAAUCUGAAACAGACCUUAGACGUCUGGGAGAACUUGUACAUAAUGGAUGCAUUAAGGCUUUAAAUGAUAAUGACUUUGGCCAAGGAAGAACAGGUGGUAGAUUUGGGAAAGUUAAAGGCCCAACAUUCCGAAUAUCAGGAGUGCAGGUGAAUGCAAAGCUAGUCAUUUCUCACGAAGAAGAGUUGGCACCAUUGCAUAAAUCCAUUCCUUCAGAUCCAGAAGAAAGGAAAAGAUAUGUCAUCCCAUACCACACCAAAGCAGCUCAUUUUGAUAUAGAUUGGGGUAAAGAAGAUGAUUCCAAUCUGUUAAUAGGUAUCUAUGAAUAUGGUUAUGGAAGUUGGGAAAUGAUAAAAAUGGAUCCUGAUCUCAGUUUGACACAGAAGAUUUUACCUGAUGAUCCAGAUAAGAAACCCCAAGCUAAGCAAUUACAGACUCGUGCAGACUACCUCAUUAAAUUACUGAAUAAAGACCUUGCAAGAAAGGAAGUGCAGAGACUUGCUGGUGCAGGCAAUUCAAAGAGGAAAAAAACAAGAAGUAAGAAGAAUAAAGCAAUAAAGACUGCAAAAACAAAAGAAAUAAAGAAUGACUCCUCAUCACCACCCUCAGAAAAAUCUGACGAGGAUAAUGAGGAUGAGAUUGUUUCAGUGAAAUAUCCACAUAAAAAAAUAAAAGCAGAAAAAGAAAAUGAAGAAAAAGAUGAGCCAGAUGUUGGUAUAAAGAAGGAAGCUGGAGAAAAAAGAGAGACAAAAGAAAAGGAAAAUAAGAGGGAUUUGAGAAGGGAGAAAAAAGAAAAAGAGGAUAAGAAAGAAUUAAAAUAUAUUAAAGAAAAGAGAGAAAACAAAGUAAAAGAAUUCACACAGAAAGUAAAAGAAGUAAAGGAAGAGAAGGUAAAUGAAAUGAAAUCUGAAUAUAAAGAAAAAAAUAAAAAAGUUCCAUUAUUGGAUAUUCCAGUUCAUAUUACUGCAAUUAGUGAACCAGUUCCUAUAUCUGAUGAAUCUGAAGAACUGGAUCAGAAGACAUUCAGUGUGUGCAAAGAAAGAAUGAGGCCUGUUAAAGCAGCAUUGAAACAACUGGAUCGACCAGAGAAAGGCCUUUCUGAAAGGGAACAGCUGGAACAUACGAGACAGUGCCUAAUCAAAAUUGGGGACCAUAUUACUGAAUGUUUAAAGGAGUACACAAAUCCUGAACAAGUUAAACAGUGGAGAAAAAACUUGUGGAUUUUUGUCUCUAAGUUUACAGAAUUUGAUGCCAGAAAGUUGCACAAACUAUAUAAACAUGCAAUCAAAAAACGCCAAGAAUUUCAGCAACACAAUGACCAGAACAUUGCUGCUAAUGUGAACACACAAGCAAUAAGAAAUCCAAAUGUGGAAAGACUAAAAGAGAAUACAAACCAUGAUGAUAGUAUCAGGGACAGUUAUUCUUCUGACAAACAUUUGUGUCAGUACCAUGAUCAUCAUAAGGACAGAUAUCAGGGAGAUACUUAUAAGAAAAGUGACUCAAGGAAAAGGCCCUAUUCAGACUUCAGCAAUGGAAAAGAUCAUAGAGACUGGGAUCACUACAAACAAGACAGCAGAUGCUGUAGUGAUAGUAAGCAUAGAAAGUUGGAUGACCAUAGAAGCAGAGAUCACAAGUCAAACCUAGAAGGAAGUUUAAAAGACAGCAGGCCUCAUUCAGAUUACCGUUCCCAUUCAGACCACAGGAUACAUUCAGAUCACCGUUCCACUUCAGAAUACAGCCAUCAUAAAUCUUCCAGAGAUUAUAGAUACCACUCAGACUGGCAAAUGGACCACCGAGCUUCUGGUAGUGGCUCAAGGUCACCAUUAGAUCAGAGGUCUCCUUAUGGUUCAAGAUCUCCAUUUGAACACUCAUCAGAUCACAAAAGUACACCUGAACAUACAUGGAGUGGCUGGAAAACAUAACAAAGACUGACAUUUUCUGGACCUUCUUUUAGCCAUAUACAGUAAACUAACACAGUAAUUGCCUUAUCUGACUUGAAAGACUGGAUAUUCUAUCAGUAGCAGUAUUGUUACUUCUUCCCAGGAUGCAAGGUCUAUUAUUCCAUCAAAAAAAAAAAAAAAUUUUUGUAUUUAAACUUUAUGCUGCACAGUGCUGCAAAUGCUGUGGCACUUUUUUUUUUUUUUUUUAAGAAAUUAAAACUGUUUACUUUUACAGGGACCUCAAUACUGCCCUGUUCAGACUGGAUCUUAUAAAACUGUUUUUAGGCAGAAUGCAGUUGAAAUUGUUUGUAAAUUAAUUUUUAGGCACUGACAUGUGAUCUUGUUUCAAGAAAGAAUGAGAAAUUUGCUGUUUUCUUAGUAAAGAAUUCUCAAGGAUUUUGUUCACUUUCCAAAGCUACAUGUUUACAUCGUACACUGCAACCACCUAGCGGCUUUUCAUCACAAGCUUGAAUAUUUAAAUUCUUACCUGUAACUGUAAAAUAGCUAGGAUUUCUCCUGUUUGUGAUCAGAUAUUAUAAAGCCUUUUUACAAUAAAUAAAUUUAAGUGGCUGCAAAUAAAUUAAAUUUUUCUUCCAUUUUGCUUGUUCCUUUCCCUACCAACUUAGGCCUUCCUCUCACAAGUAUUCAAAACAGGCAGUGUACUAAUUAUUUUUAAUAAAAAAAAAUAGCUUGAUGAAAUCACUGUUCAGAAUGUAGAAAAGGAACACUUUUCUUGUAUUUAGUGCCCAUUUUUCUUUGAUACUUCAGAUAAAUGUUUUGGGGUUUCAUUCUAGUUAGCUUUUUUUUUUUUCUGUCAAUUUUUUCUGUCAAACUGUCAAUAUUGUUAUUUGUUGUAGCAAAAUGGUGGGAAAUAGUCAAAUUGUUUUCUGGAAAUGUUUUUAAGUCCAUUGGUUUUAAAGGAGGAGUGUUCAAUAUCUGAACAGUGAACUUCAGAAUCCAAAGUAGCCAAAAUUGAUUGUACAUCCAUUUGUUUUCCAUCUUAAAAUGGGCAAUAAUGUCAAAUGUACUAUGUGGCCAGCUGAUAUUUUAGAAAAUUUGAAUGACUUCAAUAGAAUUGUUGUAAUGCACAUUGAUUGUACAUAGACAACAUCUAUCUGACAAAAUAAAUUUAAAAGGAUAUGCGA